GUUGGCUGAGGUGCAGUUGCCUGCAGAGACAUAGUCUGGAAAGAGCAGAGUGAGGCAGACCGAGUGAGGCAGGAGUGGCAGGUUGGCGCCGCAUUGAGCUGUGUUGGUGGGUACGUACCUCUUAAAGUGGCCGAGGUGCCCCAUGCCCCCAACGGCCACCCGCGUCAACCUUGGAAUGCCGUAAGUGCACCUUACGCAAGGAAGCUGGGCGCCGUGGACUCGUGGGACCAUCUAGAGCUCCUUGCUCAUCGCUUCAAAACGCGGCCCCGUUGCCUCUCACCCCAUAAACCUACCCAUUCGUCUCCGGAGCUGCGCACUUCGUACCAAGUCCCAAAUUCGCAUCCCAAAUACGCGGACACUACCCGAGAUUCGAGAAAUGGCGACCCCUGAUCUGCGACCCUGAAUACCACCUCCUUAUCCCACUUUGAGGCGCCCUUUAAACUAAACUUCUUCCCGCUGCCCCGUCUGAUCCGGAUGCGAUCCCGUUGAACACAGUCGCCGCUUGCAUCUCGCAGCUACAUCCCAUCCGCACCGCGCGGUGACUGCUCCUGCGAAUACCAUCGACCACCACCGAGUGCACACAACUGAACCAACAGAUUGAUAGCUCAUCUAGCAAUCAACAAGACCGUCACGCUCAUCCUCUCCUUCAAAUCCCCCGAGAUCAUGGCAUCCACAGCUGCCUCCCCCAACGGCGGGGCUCACGACCACGUCCUGCGGCCGAGGCCGAGGAAGCCACAACAUUCUCAGUUGACGAGAACACAGAGCAAUACUUCCGUCGGCGAGAUGAAUGGCUUGACACCUCUAUCAGAGACUGGCCAAACGAGCGGCACUACUAGCGGCCGCUCAACACCAGUCCCUCACGAUGCCCUCCCCUCCGUCAAGAGCAUGUCCUCGGCGAAAAAGCAAGCUCGUGCUGAACAACGACGACGUAUCUUCCCCACGAUCGAGUUUGCGAGCCGCGUUUCCCACUUCGAUCCCAACUCCGACUACCGCGACUUCCAUGGCUUCUUCAACCUCUUUUGGAUCGGCCUUGCCAUCAUGGCCAUCACCACCAUGCUGCGCAACAUCAAGGAUACUGGAUACCCCAUGAGAGUCCAGAUCUGGACCCUCUUUACAAUCAAGAUUUGGCAUUUGGCUAUUGCAGACUUCCUCAUGGUGGCGAGCACCUUGGUGUCACUACCCCUCCAUCGCCUGUGGCGCUCUGCCCCCGCCAACGGAGCUCUGACAUGGAAGAAUGGAGGCAUGGCUGUCCAGAGCAUCUACCAAGUUGUGUGGCUUGCCUUCUGGAUUGCCAUCCCCUUCGUGCUCGACUGGACAUGGACCGCACAGGUCUUCCUGCUUCUACACACCAUGGUCCUGUUGAUGAAGACGCACAGCUGGGCCUUCUACAACGGCCACCUCAGCGAGACAGAGAAGCGCCUCUACGCUCUCGACAAUCCCUCAACCGCGUCGAAAGACCCAGUGUACCUGUACCCAACACCCGAUAACCCAAUGGGCACUGUGAGCAGCCCCAAGACACGCGACUUCAAGGCCAAGUCAGAGGCCACGGGCACGUCAGACACGGACUCGACCUCGGAUGAGAUCGAGCAGCUUCGCGAGGAUCUGGCCCAGGAGCUCACCUCGCCCAUGGGAAACCUCGCAUACCCUCGCAACCUAACCUGGUCUAACUAUUUCGACUACCUCCUGUGCCCCACUCUAUGCUACGAGCUCGAGUACCCCCGAACGGCCCGUAUCGACUGGCAGAACCUCAUCUCCAAGAUUAUCGCCGUCUUUGGCUGCAUUUCCCUCCUCACGGUCAUCUCUGAGGAGUUCAUCUUACCCAUCCUCAGCGACGCCUCCGUCCGCUUGAGCACAGUCCCGAAGCCGCCCGUCUCCGAGGCCCUCCUCAUCCUAGCAGAGAGCGUCUCCUGGCUCCUCUUCCCUUUCAUGCUGACCUUCCUUCUUGUCUUCCUUGUCAUCUUCGAGUACGCCCUCGGCGCCUUUGCCGAAAUCACGCACUUUGCGGAUCGCCACUUUUAUUCCGACUGGUGGAACUCGACCGACUGGAUGGAGUUUUCUCGCGAGUGGAACAUCCCCGUCUACAGCUUCUUGCGCCGUCACGUGUACAGCGCCAGUCGUCCCUACGUCGGUCGCCUCCCGGCCACAGUCAUUACCUUCUUGAUCUCCGCCAUAGGUCAUGAGAUCGUCAUGGCCUGCAUCACCAAGAAGCUUCGUGGCUAUGGUUUCAUCUGUCAAAUGCUGCAGCUGCCCAUCGUCGUGCUGCAGCGCACAAAGUGGGUUCGCGGCAAGGAGACGCUAAAUAACGUGUGCUUUUGGUGUUCCAUGGUCAUGGGCCUGAGCAUGAUUUGUGCUCUCUACGUUUUGGUCUAGGACCUUGACAAAGCAAUCCGCGCCGCAUCUUUUCAUUUGAGUCACGCAUGACCUCUUCAUCUCCCAAAUGUCGCAUUGCCGAAAAGACGGUUUAGAUGAGCUUGACUGAAACUCAUUGUAUUAUUAUUAUUAAGGCAACUCUGUAUCAUUAUUCUGGAUCAUUCACGGGGCGGCGUCCUCCAAGACAGACACACAAUCAUUUCCCUGGCGUUUUUCUAGAUAGGUCUUAUACCCUCUUAUUUACAUGCGCAACUGGCAAAGAUUACACUAAACCCGGUAUUGCAAAUGUGCCAGCCCGGUAUUCAACGCGUUGAAAAUCAACAAAAUGGCAAAGCCGGUGAUUCAUUGCCUUGAAGCUAUCAAUCUGAUUGUCCGUUCGUAGGGGCCUGCCCUCCCUUCUUCCGCA